AGUUUGCAAAGCAUCAAACGCAAAUAUCUAAAACUUCGCGUACAGGUUAAGACGUGAGGGAAGUAUUAAAUUUUAUUUUAUUUGUGAAGAAUAAUAUAUAAGAGUAAGUACACGAAAUAUAUAUAUAUAAUAUAUACGUUACAUGAUGCUGUAUAUAAUGUUUAAAUGGAAUUGUAUCUGGACCUUGUUCCCGCAAGCAACGGCCUUGAUUCUCUCUCUCUCUCAAAGGAAAAAAAAAAAGUUUUUUUUUUUCUGUUCUUGUCGAAGAGAUGUUGGUAGGGAAACGACCGAGGCCGCAGAUGCGGAGGACGACGAGCGUGACCGGAAUCACCGUCGAGCUCACGAACCAGGAGGCGGAGAGCGCCUGUUCGGAUCACCCCAACGGCGGCGUCGGAGCAGGAGGUGGCUCCGCCGUGGCGUGGACAGCCGCCGUCGCUGGCGGUUACGAACAGCGGUUGAUGAUGUCGCCGAGAAACGACGUCGGAAGAAAAAACUGCGGGGAUUGUCGUUAUUCUCUGGAGACUUCGCAUUUCCUCAGAAUCUGCGGUCUUUGCAAACGGCGUUUGGCUCCUGGUCGUGAUAUCUACAUGUACAAAGGGGACACGGCGUUUUGUAGCGAAGAGUGUAGGGAGCAGCAGAUGGAGCACGACGAAGCAAACGGCGUCGUAUCAUCUCCUCCAUCGAACUAGGGAUGUCCAAAAAACACAACAAGAACUCUCUCUCUCUCCCUCUGUCUCUGUGAUUAACUUCGAGAUUGUUUCCGUUGUUGUGGUCAGUUUUAUCAUGUAAAUAUUAAUUUCCCAAUUUCCAUUUAAAAAAACAAAAAAAAAAUCCUGUGAAAUUAUCUUUUAGAUGAUGAAAAAAAGUAAUCAAAAUUUCAUCACCGCGGACUCAUGACAUUCAUAUAAUAUAUAUGUUUGUCCGGAGUUUGGUUUUAGGGUUUGAUUUCACGUUAAUAUUAACAUGAAAUU